AUGGCUCCCCCCAAGGCAGCUGACGGCCGCCGCAAGUCGGCAACCAAACACGGUCUGCUCGUCACCCUCAGCGUAUCGCCGGAACUUCUACGCGAUAUCUUCCCUUCCGUGUCUGUCAAAGAAGCAUCUCAGUCCCCAGAGUCAAAGCUCUCCAAGGAGGACUCGCAGAUCAAAGAGUCGCCGGCCAGCCCGAACGCGCUGGUUGUGUCCACCAACUCGAAUGGAGACAAUGCAUCCGACUCCAAUGCUGCCACUCCGGCCGCCGAGACCACACCUGCUCCGACACCAAUGGGACCUCCCGUAGAGGGAGCGAAGAAGAAGGGAGUCAAGCGAUCUGCGGCUGCUGCAAACGGCACCAUUGAUGGAGUCCCCAAGCCAAGAGGCAAGCCGGGGCCCAAGAAGAAGCCUCGAUUGGAGGACGGUACUAUCGACCACAGCAGUGCGGCAGCUCGCCCUACUGCCCACAAACUCGGCCCCAAGGCCAACCAGGGAGCCAUCAACGCAGGCCUUCGCGCCCUCGACCGUUCUGGCAAGCCUUGUCGAAAAUGGGCCAAGGGUGGCUUCAGACUCAAGAGCUUUACCGGAGUUGCCUGGGAAAUACCCCGAUGGACUGCUCCUCCGCGAACCGUUCCCGAGUCUAGCACCGAAGACUCAGCUGCCCCAUCAGCCGAAGGUAGCAACAAAGAGAACAAGGAAAAUGGAAACGAAGCCAACAGCAUGUCCGGCAAAGACAACAGCAUUUCUAACAGCAACAGCGGCCCUGAUGUCGAGAUGCAAAGCGCGCCCAGCAUCCAGACCUCAUCACCUGCACCCAUUGCUGUGGCUACUGCAUCAUAACAUCUCGCAUUAAGCUUUCUCCUUCAUUUUCUUCUUCUUUGUUUUUUGCAUCCCACGAUGCAACGGGGUUUUCUCAUUUUAUUUCUCAAUAUGUUUCAAACCUAGAAAAAAAUCGGGCUUGAGGUUAUCUGCAUUUUGCUUCAUCGGCCCCGUGGACGGAAACUCGGGCAACAUGAUAAUAUCGUGUCUUUUUACAAGGCGACGGCAAGCUGUCGCUGGGCGUUGGCGGAAGGGAUUGAACUGCCGGUCAUCCAAGGACUUGCGCAAACUGGAGUAUCGGGAUCAUUGUCGGCGUAAUUGUAUGUAUGUAACGGUAUACUCAAGGUUUCAGAGUAGACAGGUUGGCAUGGUCGGUCAGCCAGGGCAAUACAAUUCUUUGCUUUGCUGUUC